AAUGAAACUCGUUCCCCUGAGCUUAAUCCUUCAAUUCUUUGCCACAUACUGGAACUCUUUAGUGCUACCCAAUAUUCCAGUAGCCACUGAUGUUGCAGGGAAGCUGAUACCUCUAAUGGAAGUUAUUAUCCCGCACCUCAGAUAUCUCACAGAGAGCAGAGAAAAUGUGAAAGCUCUAACCGAUGCGAUGGAUGGAUUGAAAGCUACAAGGGCCAGUGUCAUGGAUAAUAUUGAUAUCGCCGAGAGAGAAGGGCAAAGGCGAACUCCGGAAGCAACCGAUUGGCUCAACAGGGUGGAAGCAGAAGAAGGUGAAGUGGUCAAAAUGAAAGAAGCCUGCCGGAAGAGGAAGAGGGUGCUGGGAGUCCCCCUCAACUGGGUCUCGAGCUACAAAGCUGGAGAGAGAGCCAAGAAGAAGGCUAAGGUGGUGGAGGGGCUGCAAACUGAAGGACGUUCUAUCGUCGUCGCAAGGAGGUUGCCACCGUCGUCCAUUCAGGAGAUGCCUGCCGUUCCUGGGGUGGUAGGAAUGGAGUCAAAUAUAAACAACGUCUUGCUUCACCUUGCUAAUGAUGAUGUGGGUAUCAUCGCGAUUUGGGGCAUGGGAGGGGUCGGCAAAACCACUGUCCUGAGUAGGAUCAACAACAGUUUCCUCCCCGGCAGUGAGAGGAGCUCGGAGUUCGACCAUGUGAUAUGGACGGUGGCUUCCAAAGAGUGUACUCUGGAGAAGCUUCAGAAGGGAAUAGCCCAGAAAUUGGGACUGGAUCUGGAGGCCUCUGCACAGCCACCAAACAUGGUCCUCUUCGAGAACCUCAAGAGCAAGAACUUCCUGUUGCUACUGGAUGACAUGUGGAGAGGCUUCGAGCUGGAGGAUGUGGGGAUCCCACGUCCCGGCACUGGAGGGAAUCAGCAUAAGCGCAAAGUUAUACUCACCACCCGAUCGCAGGACGUUUGCGGCAAAAUGAGCGCCGAUGCCGAGAUAAAGAUGAACUGCUUGGGGCAGAGAGAGGCGCUGGAUCUGUUCAACUUUCAUCUGGGUAAGCAGACUCUCAGCUCUCACCCUGACAUACCUGAGCUUGCAGGAGAGGUUACGAAGGAGUGCAGAGGCUUGCCGCUCGCUCUCAAGACGAUCGGACGGGCCAUGCGCAACCGGAGGGAACCCAAGCACUGGAGGCACGUAAUCAAGUUGCUGAAGGACUCCAAGCAUGCUGAGAUCCAGGAAAUGGAGAUCCUACCGGAGGGAGAUGAAGAAAGAGACAUGUUUCGCAUAUUAAAGCUCAGCUAUGAUAAUUUGCACGAUGACACGACGAGGCAAUGCUUCUUGUCCUGUUGCUUGUGGCCUGAAGACUAUCCAAUUAAGAAAUCCGAACUUAUAGAAUGCUGGAUGGGUCUAGGCUUAAUCGAUGAAUCAAAUAGAAACCUGUUCUGGGGUGAGGACCACAUUAGAAUCCUGGAAGGAGUAUGCUUACUGGAGCCCGGUGAUGAUGAAGAGACGGUGAGAAUGCAUGAUGUUAUUCGAGACUUAGCACUAUGGAUCGCUUCUGAUUGCGGGAAGAACAAGAAUAAAUGGUUUGUUCAAGCUGGUGUUGGUUUGGAGGAAGCAAUAGAUGUGAAACAGAAAUGGAUUGGGAUAGAAGCAGCAGAAAGAAUAUCGCUAAUGAAUAAUCUUAUACGAAUGUUGCCCCAAUCCCUUCCUCGUCGGCCCAGUCUCAAAGUCUUGAUGCUCCAGAGGAACAUGUCUCUUAGAUGGAUCCCAUCUGACCUUUUCCAAUGCAUGCCUGCUCUAACUUAUCUAGAUCUAUCCAAUACCAUCUUGGAGGAGUUACCGAAAGAGAUUGGCAUACUGGUUCAGUUGCAGUAUCUUAAUUUAUCCUUUACAUACAUCAAAGCGUUGCCGAAGGAGCUAGCAUGUCUGAAAGAGCUGAAGUACUUGCUAUUGAGAUCUACCGCUCUUCUCUUGAGAAUACCUCGUGGCGUGAUAUCAAAUCUUUCUAAGCUGCGGCAUCUUGAUCUAUUUGGAGUCAUGUAUGCAGGCUGGCAAGUUGAUGGUGGCAGAGAUCGUGGUGAUGAAGAGGCUACAGCAAGUUUGGAAGAGCUAGAAGAACUGAACUCGAAGGUGACGUUGUUGACAACCCUCGGAAUCACAGUAAAUGCAGUGCUGACGCUCCAAAAGCUCUCCAGGUUAGAGAAUGUGGUUACCCGGUGCCUCUGCGUAAAGAGGAUGAGCAGCUCGGCAUCCAUCCAGUUGGCACCAUCCAUCGCCAGAGCCCAACUUGGAGGCUUCAAAAUGUUGAAGAGCCUACAGGAGCUGAUGAUCACAUCCUGUCAAUCCUUGGUGAAGCUGGAGGUGGAUGGCGAGGACCAGGAUAAUGACAUGGAUUGGCGACUUCCAGAUCUUGAAAAUCUCGAACUCAAUAAGCUUGUGAAAUUAAAGGUGAUUGAGUGGAGGAGAGUAUCGAUCUCAGAUUUCCUUCCGCAGCUGCGGUCACUGAAGAUUGUAAUCUGCUACGAGUUGGAGAAUGUUAACUGGGUUCUGCAGCUCCCACGGCUCGAGAUUCUGCAAAUGAAGUUCUGCGCCAAAAUGCGGCAAGUGAUCGAUGAUUCAGUAAGUAGCCAUGUUGGCCAUAACUCACCACCUUCCUUUCGUUGUCUCAAGACAUUGGUUCUGUACACAUUAAACAGCCUAACUAGCAUCUGUGAUCAGGCAAUCAGUUUCCCUUCUUUGGAAAUCAUCGAAAUUACUCAUUGUGACGAGCUGAAGCAGCUGCCCGUCAAGAUCAUGGGGAGCAACUUACGGGAAAUACGUGGCAGUGAAGGAUGGUGGCAAAGCUUACAGUGGCAGGAUGACAAAAUCAAAGCCUCCCUCCUCCCCUAUUUCAGGAGUUCCAGAUGA